AUGGCGACUAGCGGACCUCUGCUGCUGAUUCUGUUCCUACUUGUCCUGCUUGUUAUACAAGGUCGUUCUGUGGAAGGAUUUCUACGUGCUUUGGUCUCAAAAUCAGUCUUUUUAAAGCCCUCCGGGUCUUCCGUCACUUUCUGGAUUCCAUUCCCAGUGAGACGCAAACCACCGCCAACUACCACUUCCAAGCCACCUGUCACGCCAAUCUGCCAUAUUCCAGCCAACAGAAAGAACUCCUUCCAGCCCACAGCACAACUUUCAUCCCAGCCAACAGAAAACAACUUCCAGCCCACGGCACAAAUUCUACAACAACCUAUAGCAAGAGUCUCAUUUAAACCAAAUGAAAAUAUCCCAUUCCAGACUACAGUACAAGAUUCAUUGCAACUAGCACAGCCGACCACAACGGAUCGAAGGAAAAGUCUUGUAUGCGAUUAUUCAAAGUUUCACCCUCGGCACAGCAUGGUGUUGGGAGCUAAUGCUGCUUGUUCCAUCACCAGAACGGGAGUCUCACUGGAGGAGAAAGAAGAGAUAUUAUGGUUACACAACACCUUCAGAGCCAAGGUGGCCAGCGGGAGGGAGCACCGCGGGGAUCCUGGACCCCAGCCACAGGCAGCAAACAUGUACAUUCUCCACUGGAAUGACGAGCUAGCUGUUGUUGCCCAGGCUUGGGCUAACCAGUGUUUAUUCGCUCACAACGGGUUUGAAGAACGAAGAAUCUGUUCCCGUAACUACAUGGUGGGCCAAAAUAUUUAUUAUCAUAUUGGUGUUGACCCUUCUCAGAACUGGGCGGAGGCUGUCCACCAGUGGUACGAGGAAGUCACUGAUAUGCCCAGGAGCUACGCGGAGAGCUUCCAUAUUGUUGACUCUCAGAGAAAUAUUUACCAUUAUACUCAGAUGAUGUGGGGUCACACGAGGGAGGUAGGAUGUGGUGCUGUCUAUUUCUCAGAGUACGAAAGAAUAGUCAGCCGUGUGUAUGUAUGCCACUACGGGCCCUCGAGUAAUACUUCAGGGGCUCCUCUAUACCAGGUGGGGCCUCCAGCCACGGCUUGCGGGAUUUCCUCUCCCUCAAUCAUCUACUCCGACCUAUGUAUGUGGGGCGCCGUUGUGAUAUAAUAGAAUAAAGACCAAAAGGGCACAAUACCGAGACUGGAGCAAUACACACACACAAUCCGCACAUAGGAGAGAGGACUCAAGACAUCGUCAUAAUGUGACUUUGUAAAUGGUCUAAGUCGGACCGAAUCGUCUUGGUAAGCUCCUCUCUCUUAGGUGCUGAUUAUUUGUGUAGGAAUUGAGUAGAUGGGUGACGAAACCAGACAAAUGAAAAAAAAAGGCACAUUGAACAGAGUAAGAUUAAUUAGCGACGUUUCGCCUGGAAUGGGACUUUUUUUAAAGUACAUGACGAAAAUAAAGACAAAAGAGCAGCAGUAAACUGACAGCGUCUUGUUGAUCACAUUUCGGCCCCGCUACAGGCUUUUUCAAUUCUAAUUCGGGUAUUCCCAUAUUAUCUACGAUUUCUAUAUGAUAGUAACAGAGGGCGAAACGUUGUUAGAUAAAAAGCUUUGUUUCUGUUCCUCUGAUUCUCUACAGUAUAUAUAUAUAUAUA